CUGUCCCGCGUGCUCGACGUGUCGCCGAUCCUCGGGUACCUGGUCGCGGGCUGCGCCUUGGGUCCGGCCGGUCUGAACACGUUCCAGGACCUGGCCGUCGACGACGAGCUCGCGGAGAUCGGGAUCCUCUUCCUCUUAUUCGAGCAGGGCCUGGAGCUCACGCUCGAGCGGCUCGAGGCGCUCAAGGUCUACGCGUUCGGCCUCGGCACGGCGCAGGUGCUGCUCUGCAGCCUGUGCUUCGGCGCGUUCCCCUUUUUGGGG